GAAUUUUGGUUUUGCUCUCAGGGAAAGUCUGUAUCUACUGUGAACCAUCUCACCCUCUGCCCUUCAACUCCACAGCCAAGUGACAUCUUUGGACUGAAACAUGAAUUACAACCUGCAAGACGCCAUGGCUGGCCUCAUUGACGUGUUCCACUCCUAUUCGGGAAAAGAAGGUGACAAGCACAAGCUGAAUAAGAGAGAGCUGAAGACCCUGUUAAACGAAAAGCUCCCAGGCUUCCUGUCAGCCAGCAACGACCCCAUGUUGGUCGAGAAGAUCAUGAAUGACCUGGAUGAAAACCAGGACGGUGAAGUGGACUUCCAGGAGUUCGUCGUCCUGGUCACUGCACUGACCGUCGCCUGCAAUGAGUUCUUCACAGGCUGCUCGAAGAAAGACUGAACUUCUGUAGUUUCAAGUUAAAUCGAUAAUCCCUUCUUCACACAAUUUAUAUACUAACGAUGUGGGUCCAUGUUAUGGAUGUAACGGUUUGAAUCACUCCUUGAACACAGCACCUUGAAAUGUUAAAGUAGGUGUGUUUUUGUCCUUGAAAAGCUGUCCAGCUCAAUAAAGAUGUUGUCCUGUU